AUGACUGCUCUAGAAGCCAACAUUGAUAGUAACCUAAAAGGGAGUUAUCCUGCAGGGGAAGUGUACAAGGUCAGUAAAACUGCAAAUCUGCAAUUUACCAGUCCAUUACUAAUUUUCGGGCUUAGAGGUGGCGGGGUUGAUUUAGGGCAUGGUGACAAUGGGGUUUGGAUUUCAAGUUUUGUGGUAGUUUGUAGACCACAGGGUUGUAGAGCUAGUGGUGAUGGGAGCGAUGACAAUUAUGGAGGUUCUUUGGUUCUCGGGCUUGGUGGUGAAGGUUUUGAUCGAAGGUUGAUGGCAAUGAUGGUUAAAGGUGCUUUGGUUCCCGGACUUAGGUCUGGGGUGGGAGUGAUGACAAUGGCUGUGAUGGCAGAAAUAGCUAGACAAUGUUUGAGUGAAGAUGUUGUUAAUAGACCAGAGAUGCGACAAAUUGUCACAACCUUGUCCCAAAUCUUAAUGUCCUCUAUUGAGUGGGAAGCAUCACUUGCUGGAAGAAGCCAAGUUUUCAGUGGAUUAUCCGAUGGAAGAUGA